AUGGCGGAGAAGCAGCUGAUCCUCGUGGUGGAAGGGACGGCUGCCAUGGGGCACUUUUGGCAGAGCAUCGUUACGGACUAUCUCGACAAGAUCAUCAGGCUAGCCUCCUACUCCUCUUCCCUCCUUUUCUUUUCCUUCCUAUUUCCCUUGUCUUUGUCUUUUCUCCUCGUCGUCCUCCACAUCUCUUAUUACUAUUAUUGUUGCGACCCAUUGCUGCUAUAUCCAGAAGAAUUGUGAAAUACGAUUAAAUAUUACCCUCGUAUGCGGAAACAGCAUGCGGGGGUGACAAGUUGGGAGAUUUUUUCCUCUCAAGAUCCGAUUUUUCAAUACAAUAGAUCGACCAUGUAUCCUCCGAAUGGCAUCUAUCCGGAGGAUGUGCAUCCACCCCCGCGAACAAUGAAGAAGAUGCCUGCCCCUCGAUGGCCGCAGUGGAAUCUUUUUGCCGCCGUGCGUUGUGGGGUGGGACUCACUGCGGAUGGGUUGUCUGAUGCUGUCGAUGAGGUGCUUCCGGGAUGGAACAGGCCUUGAUCAGGGUAUCAUCCGAUUGUUUCCCAGUUGGGUCUAUGCCCUAACAACACCAUAGUUUUCUUUGGCCCGCUAAAUUGCCAAAGAUGAGGACUUGAUUAAAGACUAUCAAUCGUAGGCAUGCAUCAUGAUGGAUAACGUUUGCUUGUUCCUUUACAUACAUAACCUUCGUCAAAUUUGAUCUACCUGGUUAGAUUAUAGUUUAGAAUUCCUGUUGGUGUUUACACUGUGCAUUUUCACUGUGCAUGCCGUUCUUAUGGAUCUUCUCUGCUUGCAGAUGCUUUUCUGGAACUGAAUCAACUGGUCAGGUGUGUGCUUAGUAAUUUGCUUGGAUGUAGUUGUAUCUUUAUGAUGGGCAAGAAUGAUGGGGCAUGCAUUGAGAUUUUUUUGUUUACAGCUUAUCCAGUGUUCUUUAUUCUUGUUGACUGCUGUGAUCUAUUUUUGACAGAAACUGUCAAGUGCAAAUGUUGAGCUUGCCUUGGUAACAUACAAUACUCAUGGACCUUACAGUGGUACGACCUCCCUCCAUAUGUUGCAAAUUUCUGUCAAAGAUUUUUAUUGAGAUAUAGCUUUCGAGAGCUAGUACAGCCCGCGGAGAUGUCCAAUUUGAAAUGUGUUGAAAUCAGUUGAAGGCGCAUAUGAUAGAAAACACUUCAGCAAUGUGUUCAUUCUCUUAUUACAGAAUUUAUAAGCAUGUUUACCUCUACGGUUGCUGAAUCAUUGCUUAUUAGGUUUGUAUAAAGUUUCAUCCUGAAAGUUGUUGUAUAGUUAUGUUAAAAUUUCAUUCUACAAUGCAGCUUGUGUUGUGCAACGAAGUGGAUGGACUAAAGAUGUAGAUUCCUUCUUGCAAUGGAUGACAUCUAUACCAUUUUGUGGUGGUGGUUUCAAUGACGCUGCAAUUAGCGAAGGACUUGCAGAAGCAUUGAUGGUAAGCAGCAUUGGUUCUUAUUCUUGACAAACAUCUCGUACUUGUGCACAGUUAUGAGUUUUUUGGCAUUUGUGAAAACAUCACCCAGUAUUUCCUUGCAACGUAUGUGUGCCCAUCACUUAUGAUAGCUCCUUGCUUUGAUUGAGCAACUGAAUAGACCAACACCAAUGACAUGACAUCUGUGUCCUCUGGGACUUUAUGUCAUAUCAUAGAAGGUAGACAGAGAUCAUCUUGAUCUGAUAUCUCGUCAGAUUCCAUUACUGGAGGCUGCUGUUGGUAUGGUUUAAUUUCAAUCACUUCGUUGGUCUGCCAAGAAUGUAUUCUUUCGCAUCCUUCGGCACAUCGUGAUUGAAUUCGUUUAUACCACUGAUGUGGAUGAAGCUUAUUGAGUCACAGCAAAGUGUGUUAGUCAGACAUGGAGAAAGGAGGAAAAUAUUUAUAAGAUUCUUUGGUUUGAUCCUAAUGCAAUGCCCUGGAUAUUUAGUAGAGUUUUUUUCAGUAAUCAUAAGAUUUUUAUGUUCCUAAAGACUAUUAGUGUACACAUGUUUUCUCAUAGAUCCUGUGUGGUAUACGAGCUUAAUUGACUGAUUAAUUUAUGAUGUCGUAUUUCUAUUUCAAACAUUUUUCUCUCUCAUUUAUGUACAUUCUAUAGCCUAAUUUCUUGUUUUUGGCUCCGAUACUCAGAUGUUUUCAGGAAUUUCAAAUGCAAACCAAAGUCAACAAAAUCUCGACACUCGAAAACAUUGUAUUCUUCUUGCUGCAAGUAAUCCCCACCCUCUACCAACCCCCGUUUAUAGGCCUUUAAGUAGGAGUAUUGAACAGAAUGAGAGCGCUGUAACCCAGCUGGAAGCCUGUCUUGCCGACGCAGAAACUGUUGCUAAGGCCUUUGCAGAGGUAGCGAGGAAUAUUCUUUCUUAUUCUGUUUUCAAUUUUCUUGAUCAUUUUAAUGACUUUGUCAUCUAUUUCAUCUGCAUGCAGUGCUCUAUUUCAUUCUCAGUCAUUUCUCCAAAACAACUUCCAAAGCUCAGAUCAAUAUACAAUGCGGUAGGUAUUUUUAAAUGCAUAACAUUUUAGCGGGUGAAAAUGAAUUUAUCGGAUGAAUUUUAUUGUAUUUAAGAGUGCUGCUUGAUUCAAAGUUUAUUCUCUUGCAUAUUAUUGACUCUGGUAAUCAAGUUUUUCUUUUGAUUAUCUUUUAUGAACAUUGAACCAUAUUUCACAUCACAGGGGAAGCAGAGUCCUCGUUCAUCUGACCCAAGUAUUGAUAACGCAAAAAAUCCUCAGUUCCUUGUUCUACUAGCUGAAAACUUUAUGGAAGCACGGUCUGCUCUGAGCCGACCCGGAAUCAGCAACUUACAGACUAAUCAGGGUCUUGCAAAGCUGGAUGGGGCCUCCAUUCCUAUAUCUGGGUCACCUUUGACGUCGAUCCCUGCAGGUGGACAAAAGUUUCUCACUAAUUCUAUCUUAUGCUUUUCUUUAGUCUGGAUUUGAGUUAUUGCAGCUGGCUUCUCUAAAUAUUUUUUUUGAGAUGCACCUAUGAAAUACUCUUCCAUAUGUCACCAGCCCUUUCGAUGGGUUAAUGUUUCUCUCUCUCUCUCUCUCUAUUACUCUAGAUACAUUAUGAAAUUGACAUUAACCUCGCUAAAAUUUGAUCUCUUAACCGUCAAGUUUGUCAUGGACGUGCAUGUCUAUAUUUCCUUUUCUGAAUCUAUAUCUAGGUUAUUACCAGAUAUACAUUGAUGCAUAAGCCAGUUGUCCUCACAGAAUUUCGGGUUAUCACCUUAACCUGUUUGUUAUGUUUUUAUCCUUUUCUAUCUCGCUUUUUGAGGAACAUUGCAAUUAAAUGGCCUUUCGUCCCUAAUAUGACCCACUGCGUCCUAUCUAUUGACAAGAGCAGAACAGGCCUUUGCUUUCCUUCUAUCUUUGUCAUAGAAACAGAUAUCCUCGAUAUCUCUUUUUUUGAAACCACUGCUCUUCUAGUUAAAGAUGAUUGCCCAUUUUCGAUCAGAAAGCUGCUGCCAUCACGUCUGUUUACUUUGAUCGUUUAGGCAGCCACAACUACUAGCAAUGAUCUUCUAAACGUGGAUCUGUUUGCUUUCAUUCACCAAUGUCAAUGUGCCCCUCUCAUUCGUUAGGCACUGUGCACAUGAUUAGCCAUCUCUCAUAUUUGAUUGAAGUGCUGUGUGAUAUCAAGUGACAAAAAGAACGGAAUUCCAAAUAAUCAUGGGUUGUCUGGCAAAUGCGGUCUGUGAGUAUUGUGAGAAUACUGGUUUUUCUCAUCUUCCUCUUUUUUCUCAUUCAAUGAACCUAUAUGUGAGGUGUUUCACCUGUUGUUAAACUGGUACAUGAGUCAGUUUCUGUGCAUGUACUCUAUUUUUUUGUCAUUUGUUUUCUUUUUGGAACAUUGCUUUUUGGUUCUUAUUAUUGGGGUUGCCUUUCAAGGAGUCUGUGGGUUCCUUAUUCUGUUGUAGUUGUCUUGCGCUUGGUCAAUUCUAGCACUGUCGUACAUGAAUUGUGGUGCUGAGAACUUUUAUGAGAGAUAGAGUCAUUCUCAUCAGUUUCCUAUUUGCAGUAAACUAGGAGAAUCCAGGAAGGGUUCCUAUGUGAUAGUAUUCUGUUAGACGCCCAAUUCAUGUUACAUAUCCAGGAGGGGUAAUAGGGAAAAAUCGCGCAUUUCAGGGUUUGAUCUGUGCAUUCCCUGAGAUAGGCCCCGCGGGGAGAAGUGGGGGGUUAUAUAAAGAGGAGUGGGAAGGGAAAAGGGGGGAGCUUGGGAGAGCAGCGAACCCUCUCAAACGGCUACUACAUGUUCCUGGAUACCACAUGGGAUCCGAUUUCUUUACUUUCUUGAUAUACUUGUUCCUCGCUUGGUGUUGGAUUCCUAUCACAUUCAUAAUUUGACAUGGCUAAUAUUUUCCUCCCACGGCUAAUUGAAAAUUUCCCUGGCUGUUCCUGGGGCGAUUCUAUUUCUCUUAAGUAUAUAAGUUGCCUGUCUUGCGUUUUCACCUGUAUUCUGAUAUUUGCAAAAUGAUGUUUUGUGUAGCUAAUGUGCCGGGCCUAAACAGACAACCAGUUUCUGCCAAUCCGCCCGCUGGAACUGUGAAAAUGGUAAGGUUGAGUACCGUAACUUUUUAUUUUCUUUAGCAAACUAUCGUAAGGAUCUUUGUUCUAAUUUUCUUAUUGAACUCUAUGAAGAGUGCGUUCAAAUUCCCGACAUUAUUUCUUUUCAGGAACCAACCACUGUUCCAUCUGUUACAAGUGGACCAGCUUUUUCUCAUGUGCCUUCUAUUCCAUUCAGUACCUCACAAGGAAUUCCAACUUUGGUUACUUCUCCUGCAUCUCAAGAGAUAAAUUCAUCUGGUGACAGUGUUCAAGAGUUCAAACCUGUUGUGAAUUCUCAGUCUUCACGGCCUCUAGGUCCUGCCCCAGCCAAUGUGAACAUUUUGAACACACUUUCUCAAGUGCGCUUGAAUUCGGCCACUAUAGCUGGAGGAAAUUCUAUAGGUCUUCAGAAUAUAGGUGCAACACCAAUGGCUAUGCAUAUGUCCAAUAUGAUAUCCAAUGGAAUGGGUUCAUCUGCACUGACUGGAAUUCCAUCUGUAGCGGGAUCAGGCCCAUUGAUGGCUACUGCACAAGUUUCACAGAGCUCAGGCCUUGGCUCAUUUACCUCUGCUACCUCUGGUAUUUCAGGCAACUCAAAUAUUGGGAUGUCCUCGUCAUUAGCAAAUCUUCAAGGCCCACUUGGUAUGACGCAACCAAUAUCUGCGGUGGGCCAAGGAAGUCUAACUUCAGGUUCGCAAAUGAGUCAAAGUGGAAUCACCAUGAACCAGAAUGUAAUGAGCGGUCUUGGUCCUAAUGUCUCCUCUGGAUCUGGGACAAUGAUCCCCACACCUGGAAUGAUGCCGCAGCAAGUACAACCUGGUUUGCAUUCCCUUGGUGCAACAAAUAAUUCGUCUGUGAACAUGCCCUUGCCCCAGAACGUGUCUGGUGCUCAACAACAGCAGUCUAAAUAUGUCAAAAUUUGGGAGGUAAGCUUCCCCUCUCACAGACACUUAUUUUACACGACUGAGGUGCCAUUAUUUUUAAGUUUUUCUUGUCUGCAUACUCUUUGAAGAGUCCACCGUAUGUUAUAGAUGCAAACCAGCUCAUGAGAAGUGCCCUGCUUUUGUUUUUUGUAUAUACCUCCCUUAUCACCACUUAACUGUAAUCGAAUGACGCUUCAAGGAGAAGUUGGAUGAGCUAUAAUCUUUUUUGGGUGGGGCCUGAUAUUGAUUAUAAUUGUGAGAGUUCUGUAUUUUUGAUCUCUCUUUUUGGGAUUUUCAUCCGAAAAAUUAUCAAUAUUUCGAGUUGUCAUAAAUUUAUCAAAUUUCUGCUUGAUGAUGAUUUGCUGUUAGAGUCUGUCUCCAGGUUUUUGUUUUAUCUUUGAAUUGGUGGAUGAAAUAUGGAGAGAAGUGCUUGUGGCAGACUAUCUUUUUAUUAACUAGUUACUCAUUUGCCAGACUUGGUUUUUUCUGUCACGCAAGUGCCAUUCUUCCGGUGAUGAUUACUUUGGAUCCUUAUGGUACGCAAUAAAUUUUUGGGAUAGUUUCAGACUCAAUAUUUUGCUCUAAGGUUUUAGAUCUCUGUAUGGAUAAAUUAGAUACUACAUCGGUUCUUUUAGGAGGGAUGUUCUUUAUGGAUAAAUAGACCCCACUGGAUGGAAAAAAUAGAGGGUAGAGUACGUCCCACAUUUUCGUGAGCUGUUGAGUUUCAGCAUUGCUCGCUCAUGGUUGAGAGAGACUUGGCUGAAUGCUCACUCUAUCAAAGACAAACUCAGCUGGAUAUACUGUAUAUGUGGGGGGGCGGGGGGGCGCUUGUCCGAUUGGAUUAGCUUCAUGCCACCAAAGAAUGAGGUGUAUGUAAACGACUUCGAGUCAUACAGCAUCUCGGUGAGGUUGCAUGCCAGCUCUUCGUCAGACAUGUUGGCUGGAUGAGUAACGUGAUGGCAUUGUAUAGAAAAGUCUGAAAAUUAUGCCUGAAUGUUUAGGAGAUGAUUGUCAUUGCAGAGCUUAUAGGAUUUAACAUGAUUGGCUAUAGGAGAGGAGGUGUCAAAUUACAUGUCACAAAGUCUUCAAUGACUUAAGAGGCUGCCGCCUGAUAAACUAUUUUUUAUGCCAUUCAAAAUAAAAUUUACGACUAAAUAAUGGAAUUGUUAAUUGAGGUUCCAUAAAUUUGAGAAAAUAAGUUUAGAAGAUAUUCCUCAAGAUUCCAGAAGCUUCUACGAGCAGUGAAGAAUUUCUUCUUUAUCUUUGUUGCUUUCUUAGACUCUCUAAAGAAAGGAAUUUGCUGGAGAAGCGAUGUUCUUUAACGUUUUCUCAUAGUCGGCUUCUUGUCUGUUGUGUAAUUAGAAGAGAGAAAUUUAGAGUGAAUUUAUUAUGAUGAAUGCAUUUAUGUUUUGUAAUCUUUACUGCCAAGAAGCCUUUCCCGGUAAAUAGGAAGUUGAUGUGUAUGGCAUGAAGCCAAAUGUAUCCUAGGUCUAUAGAUGUUGUAUGUUUUCGCAUGGAAGAUGUGUAGUUUGGUAAUGGCUGUGCUGUUUAUUCUUCGUAGAAAGUUUAUUUUGUGUGGAAAAGGGUAAUACCCCCUAUCACCUAUAAUCAAGAAUAGAUAAUUAGAUUUUUUUCUAGAAUUUUUAGCCUGAUAGUUCGUAAUCUGGAUUGCUCUCUGAUUUUGCCAAAGGAAGACUUAGAUGUUAAUUGAAGAGAUAUUUCAUUUUAAAUCUGUCCUUUAUCUAAUAUCUUAGUUCAACAACUGUCCUCAAGCAUUCGUUAGAUUUAGCACUUUUCUGUUACAGCUGGUUAUUGUUUUUAUCCUUACAACUCCUAUUGAUCACUCUUCCAUUUCACACUUACAUAUGUUCUAUUUGACGUUUUGCCUAUUGGUAAACCACAUAAAAGUACCUUGUAUAUGUAAAUUCCCUGUGGUCAUAUUGAGCUUUAUUAUUAUUGCUAUUAUACGAGUAGUUUCCUUGUUUGCUUUAUUCUUAAGUUUCUUAAUCUGGAUUGGCUUGUUUGAAAUGCAGGGAGAUUUAUCCGGCCAGAGGCAGGGUCAGCCAAUGUUAAUCUGUAAACUUGAAGUAUGCUCUCCCUUGAUGAUCAACUUUGGCAAGAUGUUUUUUUUUAUGUUUCUUCUUUGGGAAGAAAAUUAA